AUGGCUACAGUGCAGCGGAGGAAGGAGAAAAAGCUUUGCCUCCUCACACCAGAGAAGAAGAUACCUGCCCAAAGUAGUUCCGGCCGGAACUACUUUGGGGGCGGAGCUUGGAGGGUGAUAGCCUCCCUCCAGCUCAGUCUUUUGCCUGACGGCGAAGAGGACGGACUGCCGGAUGUUGAUUGGGAGCCUAACCAAGACCGUGAGCUAUCACAUCCUCCAGAUGACCAGCGGCUGAGUUCAGAGCCUUCAUCGGUACUGUCCGUACCCACAAUGCAUUGUCAGGCGGCCAACACAGCCCCAGUCGUUGAUGCAUUGAUGACUGACCUGACGGAACUGAGGAUCAUGGGAGACACACCAGGUCUUGGAAGUGGUAUCUUGUGCCAAGCACGGGAGAUUGGCCUCACCAGUACCAACAGCGGACACCAUGUAGACAAACUGCAGCUGGACAGUCCCAGUGUGGGCCUUGUGAUGGAGUACAUGGAAAACGGCAGCCUAUCUGACCUGAUGAGCCAGGUCAACUUUAUUCCUUGGGCCCUUCGGUUUCGCAUCCUCUUUCAUGUGGCUCUGGGGAUGAAUUACCUACACAACCUCAGCCCUCCGUUGUUACAUCUCGACCUCAAAUUGGGCAACAUCUUGCUCGAUGCAGUUUUGGAUGCCAAGGUGGCUGAUUUUGGACUCUCUAAGUUCAAACGUGGGACAAUUCGGAGUGGCAGUCAAGCCUCCGUGGAAGAAGAAGAGUAUGGUGGGACACUGGAGUACUUGCCACCCGAGGCCUUUGCUGACCCCUACAAGCCGACCCCUGGCACAGAUGUCUACAGCUAUGGGAUCGUCACAUGGUCCUUGUUAUCAGGCGAGGAGCCUUAUUCAAAUCUCCCUGAUGCCUUGCGUUCUCUUAUCAAAUUACACAUUCCCCGGAGCGAGAGGCCAAGUACAGAGAAGCUGGAGAAGAUCGUUGAUGUGCUGAAAGUACAAGAUGUGGUCAAACUUAUGAAACGGUGCUGGCACAAUGACAAAGUCCAAAGGCCAUCCUUCAGAGAUUGCAGGGAAGAGAUGGAGGCUGUAUCUUCCUGCUAUCAAGGGCACAUCAUGGCUGCUGUCCACGAAGUUCAGAAUAUUUUGGUGCAGAAAAAAAGUUCCUUAAGUUCAACAUCAAAGAGAGACAGUCUGACCCCUCGUUGUUCAGACAAGGUAGACCUCCCAUCGUCACUCAACACAUAUUCAAAGAAGGUGGAAUAUCAGCCACCACUUGACACAUCAGUUGGAAUAGAGGAUCAUUUCAAAACAUUGCGAGUUGAAGAAUCUUCAUAUAGGCCAAAUGAAGCUACACCUCCAGCGACUGUUUCCAAAACAAGACAAGAAGGGAAACCUCCAGAGAGCGCAUUGCAAUAG